UACCCGCCGUCAGUCUGGAGCCGCCGCCGAUAUGAGCGGAUGAAAUCUACCAACAGUCCCCAGAAGUCGCUGCCAGCCGCAGCAGCAACCAGCAGUAAAUCUCCCCGUUCUGCCCCCGGCGCCGGGGCCGGAGGGCGGGGGCAGGUGGAGCCGGAGGCGUUGCGGCUGUGGUGAUGGUGUUGGACUCAAGUGAAGUCUUCAUGGAUCAGGUUGAGGGUGAAAGCGGCAGGGAGCCGGAUGUCCGAGCAGAUCCACCUAAAGCCGGCGCCACGACGCCCAGGACGCCGGCCAAGAGGAGCGGCGCCGCCAAGAAGGGGAAGGUGUCCCACAACGGGCUCCCAGCAGCCAACAGCAGCCAGGUAGCAGACAGGAGGUCGUCCAAAGGCGGCGGCGGCACGCCCAAAGGCGGCAGCGGCACGCCCAAAGGCGGCGGCACCACGCCCAAAGGCGGUGGCGCCACGCCCAGACCGCCUCUCCGCCGCCCCCUCAGCCUGGAGAUGACGCCCCAGCGGCUGCGAGGGUCUCAGGAGCAGAUGGCGGACAGGCGGAUCGUGCAGCCUCCUUGGCGCAGCGGGUCGGCCGCCCCCUCGCCGCCGGCUCGCAGCCUCACCAGCCCCAGCCUCGGCGCCGGCGGCUGGAUGCGCCGCAGCGAGAGCACCUGCUCCGUCAACUACUCCCUGGGGCUGCGGGCCGGCAGGGGGCAGAUGCGACCCGCCACGGUGAUGGUGAUGAUGGUGAUGUUUUCCGUGUUCCUGCAGGCGGUUGGAAUCAUGGAGUGCGUCCUGAGGAAGUUCGGCUCCUACGAGAACUUCGAGGAAGUGACGGGCGGCAGCGUCCUCCCGAAAAGUCAAGUCUGGGCGGCCGUACGCAAAUAUCUGCAGAAGGAAGGCUGCGUGGGAGAGGUUGUGGUGCGUCUGUCUGACGAGCUGCUGUCUCAGGCGGUGAUGGUGGUGGAGAGCUGUCGUCCCACUCUGACCAUCAACCUGGCGGGAGCUCGGCAGCACUGGCUGGAGGGGAUGCUGAGACACGAGAUAGGCACACAUUACCUGCGAGGGGUGAACAACAACCUGCAGCCGUGGGCCACCGCCGAUGGCAGGAAGCAGUUCGGCCUCAAACCCGCCAAUCCCACGGAGGAGGGCCUGGCCAGCCUGCACAGCGUGUUGCUACGGAAACAGCCCUACCUGUGGCGAGCGGCUCUGCUCUACUACACGGUGUACCACGCCACCAGCAUGAGCUUCAGCCAGCUCUUCAGCCACAUCGCUCGCUUCGUCCAGGACCCGGGUCGCUGGGAGUACUGCCUGCGAGCCAAGGAGGGACAGACGGACACCUCGCAGCCCUCUGAGCCGCCGCGGAUGAUGAGCGGACCCCCGAUUAAAUCUACCAAUCAGUCCCCAGAAGUCGCUGCCAGCGGAUCUAAUCAGCCGCGCAGCAAUGCCAGCAGUAAAAUCUCCCGUUCUGCCGCCGCCGGGCCGGAGGCGGGGCAGGUGGAGGCGGGGAGCGUUGCGGCUUGUGUUGAUGGUGUUGGACUAAGUGAAAAGUCUUCAGGAUCAGGUUGA